CUUUCCUUUAGCUUUGCAAAAAAAGAAAAAAAAAAAAAAAAGUAAACAAACUUAUACCAAUUCAGACCGAUCAUGAUUUACACAGCUACUUCUACUUCUUUCAGUAUGCGCAACAGCAGAAAACACAACAGCAAGAAUCUCUCUUUGUGCCUGCCAAAAACGCCUUCACCAGAGUCUUCCUCCACCUCUACUUGUUCAUCCUCCUCGUCAUCGGCUUCUCUCUCGGCCAUUACAUCACCGCCGCCUCACACAGCUUCCUUUGCUACCACACCUUCUUCCUCUUCUUUUACUACAUCACCGUCUUUAUGCCCUACGCAAUAUCCAUUGCUUCAUGAACCUCGUUACGAUAACAAAAAUGCUUAUCCAAAGGGACCUUCCCAUAUCAUGCCCUAUUUAUACCUUGGUUCAGAAAAGAACGCACUCGAUACCACCCUCUUAGCUCAAUUCGAUAUUUCCGUCAUUUUGAACGUCGCUGCGGAAGUGACCAUUACCACCCCACCCCAUCAGUAUCAUCAAAACAUGACCCUCAUGAAACUACCUUGGUAUCAUGGCAGCGAUAUUGAUCUCGACAGGGCCAUCGACAUUAUAGACCAGGCCAGGGCACGGCAGCAGUCCAUCCUUGUUCAUUGUCAGUGCGGUAUUGCUCGUUCCGCCACCGUCAUCAUUGGCUACAUUAUGAAAUUACUUCAAUUGCCUCUCCAAGAAGCCUAUCACUAUGCAAAAAAACUAGCGCCACCUAUCAAUCCAAACCUCAACUUGUUAUUUCAGUUACGAGAGUAUGAGCAAAAGUUGCUGAUUUUACAAAGGCUGAAUCCAUGUGAAGACACCCUACUGCUCCUCUCUGAGUCUGUGGGGUCUGCUACGACGGCUAGAGCCGCUACCGAUACAGUCACCGUCUCUGCUCCAGAGGCAUCGACUCCUCGUCUUCCUUCUUCUAAUUCUACAACAACAGCUACUACUACUACUACUACUACUACUACUACUACUACUACCACAACAACAACAACAGAUGCCUCACCCUCCAAAAAUAACACGAAUUGGUCUCUCAUUAAAAAAACGGCUCCUGUUUGCUGUUGAACAGAUAAAACCAUGACAAUGCAUCUAGAAAACUAUACCUACAUCUUUAAGCUGUAAAUAAUUCAUUCUUUCCUCCUAUUGUGUAUAAAAAAAUUGUAUUCCUCCUUCCCUGCCCCCCCCCUCCC